AUGGCAAUAAAAAGUUGUGAAGUUUGCGACAAAGCACAAUCGAAAUAUAGAUGUCCUACUUGCCUCAUACCCUAUUGUUCAUUAGUCUGUUUCAAGUUACACAAAGAAAUUCCUUGCAAAAAAUCCGAAUCUUCGCCUGGGGAAAAAUUCACUGAGACAGUGAAGAAAGAGAGCAAAGAGCAGAGACUGCAAGAAAUUGAUUUGCAUUCUGAUCCAGCGUUACUUGUUCAGAAACCAUAUUACGUCGAUGAGCCGAAUGAGGUGCUGCAAGAGUCACAACUAUUGUCUAUAGCAUCUUCUAAUGAAAUUCAUGAGGGCCUGAAGAAUGAAGAGCUUCGGAAACUUAUAAAUUAUAUUAGCCGUUCUUCUGAUGCUGAGAAUGAGCUUGAUAAAGCAAUGCAGUCAGAGGAAUUUCGCACUCUUACUGAAAAGAUUUUAACUGCAAUCAGUCCCCUUAGAUUUGUGCAUCCUGCCGGGCGUAGUUGA